AUGGCCUCUGAGAUUGACGGAGAAAUCCAGGCCCCGAAUAAAUAUGAACAAGAACAAGAGCAAAUGUCAAAAAUGUCUGAGACUGAGAAGAAAACUGAAGGAAAAGCACUUAAUGAAAAGCAGAAGGUUUAUGAAGUAAGUAAAAGGACAAGCUUACUGGCAAAACUAUACUUGCCUUUACCUAACUACACAGAACUGAAAAGCAAAACUGUUUUGGAAUAUGUAGAGUUUAGCUCUGACAAGCUGGUCACACCUGAGGAUGGAGAAGUAGGAAGCAAUGUGCCUUUUAUUCUUGAGGGAAGUGGAACUGAAGAACUAUGUCUUUUAACAUCAGGAAAACUUAGCUAUUCUCUAUCAUGGGCCUUAGAUGAAAAUGGCAUUCCUCUGACACCUCUGUCCCAGCCAUCAAGAUCUGCUUACUGCAGUGUGUUAAGGAAUGUAAAUGCAAGAGGGGUUCCUGGAAUUCCGUGGCUCAUUAAUGCACAGAAGCUUUUUGAAUGGGCAAACGAAGUCAGAAUUGAUCCAAAUAAUCCAGAAUAUUCUGAUUUAAUGGAAUUUAUUAUGUACAUGAGACAUAAGGAGCAGGUUAUUCCAAAAUAUUUCCGUCUUGAACAGUUGCAAGAUGAAUUUAACUUUGUUUCUGAAGAGGAGAUGAAAAAGAGUAAACGUUUCCAGCUAUUGCAGCUUAGAAAUGCAGGUCAAUUAGAUAUUUUCCUUCUGCAGCAAAUGCCUGUCUACGAUAGGGAAAUUCCAGAUUUAGUCUUCCAGGUACUUGGUUUCUAUUUUAAUAUGGCUUGUUGUAUGCUAAAGAUAGUAUUUUGCUGCUUUAAAUUCAUCUUAAUUUCUUUGUUUUUUUUAAACUAA